AUGGCUCCCCGUGAGGAGCUAAUUGCGUCUGCUGUGACCUUUCUCCAAGACCCUUCGGUGGCCUCAUCGCCUAUUGAGAAACGAGUCGCAUUUCUGCAAUCGAAGAAUCUCACUCAAGAAGAAGUCGAUCUCGCCUUAUCGCGCGUAGGAGAGGACCCUGCUGCUGCUGCUGCUGCCGCUGCUGCAGGCGCAUCAUUACCAGCCCCUUCUUCACAACAAGUUGCCUAUCGGCCGCCACCACAAGCCCCCCAGGGAUAUGGCUAUCCCCCAUAUAACCAAGCCCAAUGGCAGGCUCCUGAGCCACCGAAGCGUGACUGGCGCGACUGGUUUAUCAUGGCGACCGUGGUAGGAGGAGUUGGCUAUGGACUUUACACUGUCACUAAGCGAUACAUUUCCCCAUUAAUCGCCCCACCGACCCCUCCUCAGCUAGAGCAGGAUAAAGAGAAUAUUGAUGAGCAGUUUUCACGGGCAUUUGAUCUCAUUGAACAGCUGUCAACCGAUACUGCAGCCUUGAAGGCUGCUGAGGAUGCUCGUACUGAGCGUCUGGAUGCCGCCCUCAAGGAUGUUGAGAGCCUUGUUGCAGACUUGAAGACAUCUUCUCGUCGCAGGGAUGAUGAGACUCGUCGGAUUAGUGAUGAAGUAAAGUCCCUGAAGGAUGCUAUUCCCAAAGCCCUCGAGGGUGCCCGAGAGGGCAACGAGAACCGGCUGAAGGCGCUUGGAACUGAAUUGAAGAGCCUUAAGCUUCUUCUGGGCAACCGCUUGGGCGGCAGUGGCACCACUCCUUUGGCUGGUAGAACCCUUGGAAGCUCAAUUCCCACUCCCCCAGCUACUACUACACCUCCACCAGUCCCGACUGAUACCACCGCCGCUUCCUCUACUCCAGCCCCCAAUGGCUUGCAAGCAACCGUGACAUCGCCAGAGCAGGAGACCCAGACAACGACUCAUGCGCCUCCUACAGACAGCAGCCCAUUUUCGCGACUCAACCGCUCUGCUUCUAUUCCGGCGUGGCAAAUGGCUGCCGCGAACCGUAACAAGAGCUCAUCGCAGUCAAGCACCCCCACUACGGAUGAUAAGCCAGCUGAUACCACUGAACAGAGUGCGCCAUCUAGCUAG